AUGGUAGCAUGGGCUAUCUGGAUCAUGUUAUGUGGAAAGUGUUUGGAUAAUGCACUUCAUCAACUUGUUGUUGCUGCAUCUGGAUCAUCUGCCCUUCAACUUAAACAAGCCAAGGCUUUGCAGGAGAUUGGGUGGUGGCCGUCCACUACUGCCCAAGCAAGUAGUAAUUAUUCAAGUGUUGCCACUGGGAUGUUGAAACUCAACUUCUCUUUAUUCCCAAACUUAGACAGGCUUGAUCUUAAUGGGAACAACCUUACGGGGCUCAUCCCACUUGAGAUAGGGAUGUUGAAAAAUCUAACCUAUUUAGACCUUUCUUCGAACAUGCUCGUCGGUCCAAUCCCUUCCACUCUUGGCAAUUUAACUAAUUUGGAAUAUUUAGAACUUAGUCAGAAUAAAAUCAAUGGAUCCAUUCCCUCCGAAAUAGGGAUUUUGGUUCAUUUAACUAAUUUAAAAUGUUUACAUCUUAGUAUUAAUCAAAUCAAUGGAUCCAUUCCCUUCGAAAUAGGGAUUCUAAAAAAUCUGACCAUUUUAUACCUUUCUUUCAACAUGCUCAUCGGUCCAAUCCCUACCACCCUGGGUCAUUUAACUAAUUUGGAAUAUUUGUCCCUUCAUCAUAACAAAAUCAAUGGAUCCAUUCCCUCCGAAAUGGGGAUGCUUAAAGAUUUGAACCUCUUUAACCUUAGCCAUAACUUUAUUAGUGGAGAAAUACCUAGCGCACUUGGGACUAUUGCCCCUCUAUGGAGCAUGGAUCUUAGCUACAAUAAUCUUACGGGCAACAUUCCCUCUUCUCUCAUUGGUAUACAUAGACUCGACUUAUCACAUAAUUCUUUUGAGGGCCAAAUUCCGGACGAUUAUGCUCUGUAUUAUACCUCCAACACAUUAUAUGGCAAUAAGGAUUUAUGCGGUCAAUUCAAGAUUUUCCCUCCAUGUCCAAAAGGUAAAAAAUCAAUCAUAACCAAAAUAGAAAUUUUUGCACCCAUCACCAUUUUCCUCGGAUUGCUGGUUAUUGGGGGCGGUAUUCUCUUGUCUCGUUGUGUGUUCAAGAAAAAUCAAAUUGAGUUUAGGGGAUCAAAGAAUGGAAACAUAUUCUCGAUAUGGAAUUAUGACGGAUCUAUUGCAUAUGAAGACAUUAUUGAAGCAACCGAGGAUUUUGAUAUCAGAUAUUGCAUUGGAACUGGUGGUUAUGGUAGCGUUUACAGAGCAGAAUUACCAAGCAGAAAUGUGGUUGCAUUAAAGAAACUUCAUCAAAGAGAGGCUGAGAAUCCAGUUUUCUAUAAGAGUUUUAUAAAUGAGGUGAGGGUGUUAACAGAGAUUCGACAUCGAAAUAUUGUGAAGCUGCAUGGGUUCUGUGUACAUAAAGGAUGCAGAUUUUUAAUUUAUGAGUACAUGGAAAGGGGAAGCCUAUUUUGUGUCCUAAGAAAUGUUGAUGAAGCUAUGGAAUUGGAUUGGAGCAAGAGGGUAAACAUCAUCAAAGGCAUAGCACACGCCUUAUCUUACAUGCAUCAUGAAUGCAUCCCAACAAUUGUUCAUAGAGAUUUAUCAUCCAACAACAUUUUGCUGAACUCCGAAUUCCAAGGUUUUAUAUCUGACUUUGGAACUGCUAAACUCCUUGAUCCCGACUCCUCCAAUCAAACAUUGGUUGUUGGCACUUAUGGUUAUAUUGCUCCAGAGUUUGCCUACACGAUGACAGUUACUGAAAAAUGCGAUGUAUAUAGCUUUGGAGUGGUGGCAUUAGAAGUAUUAAUGGGAAGGCAUCCGGGAGAACUCUUGUCCUCAUUAUCAUCAUCAUCAUCAUCAUCUCAAAAUAUAAUGUUAAAUGAAAUAUUAGACCAACAUCUGCCACCUCCAAAUCGUCUAAUUGGACAAGAGAUUUUGCUUAUCGCCACGAUAGCAUUUGCAUGUCUGCACACUCAGCCAAAGUCUCGGCCUACAAUGAAAUGUGUAUCACAAGAACUUCUCUCUCGUAGGAAGCCGAAUGACAUACCCUUGACUAGGGUUUCACUCUCGCAACUGAGGAAACAAGCAGCAUAUAUGGCAGGGUUAGGAUUUGCUUAUUGUUAG